UUGACCUGGAGUAUAAGGACUACUUUGACUUAAACAAUGAAGCUUUGCACUUUGUCCACCACUGAGUAUAUCCCAAACCUCUUUACCAGCUGUGAAUUUGAGGAUAAUCAAGUUAGACAUCGAAGGGAACAAGGAAGGAAGCAGACGAGGAAACACAGGGGAGGGACCGAGGAGUCUGUGAGGAAGUGUUGGAAUCAGCCCCGCUUUGUUCAACAGUAGGGGAGGGUAGACGAGCACAGCUUCUUUGGCUGCUCGAAUCAUAAAAAUACAACCACCAAGAGCGGAGUACCCUGUCUUAUCUCUGCCUGUCUGUGUUGUAAGGUGUAUUUACAUUUGUUUUCCUUGCUGGACUCCAUCGAGGGAUGUCAAAGCGAGUCCGAAGCAGAGAGGUCUGCGCUGAUUGCAGCUCUCCGGAACCACGGUGGGCCUCUGUUAACAGGGGUGUUUUGAUCUGUGAUGAGUGCUGCAGCAUCCAUCGAGGUCUGGGGCGCCACAGCUCUCAAGUCCGACAUUUGACUCAUUCUUCAUGGCCAUCCUCUCAGCUUCAGAUGGUCCAGACAUUGUAUGGCAAUGGAGCUAAUUCCAUAUGGGAGCACAGCCUUCUUGAUCCUUCAUCCUCAACUACUGGGAAGCGCAAAGCCAACCCUCAGGACAGAGUCCAUCCCAACAAGACAGAGUUCAUCAAGGCCAAAUACCAGAUGUUGGCGUACGUCCAUCGGAUGCCUUGUCGGGAGGAUGACAGUGUAACCGCAAAAGACCUCAGCAAGCAACUUCAUUCCAGCGUUCGGACUGGAAACCUAGAGACCUGCCUCCGGCUCUUAUCUCUGGGAGCCCAGGCCAACUUCUUCCAUCCAGAGAAAGGAAACACUCCACUUCACAUAGCAGCAAAAGCAGGACAAGUUUUACAAGCAGAGCUGUUGGCAGUUUAUGGAGCAGAUCCUGGGGCUCUGGACUCCAGCGGGAAGACCCCUAUUGAUUAUGCAAGACAAGCUGGGCACCAGGAGCUGGCAGAGAGGCUGGUGGAGAUUCAGUAUGAACUCACUGACCGGUUAACAUUUUACCUCUGUGGCAGGAGACCAGAUCACAGAAAUGGUCAACACUUCAUCAUUCCACAGAUGGCAGACAGCAGCCUGGAUUUGUCAGAGUUUGCCAAAGCCGCAAAGAAGAAGCUCCAGUCGCUAAGUAACCACCAGUUUGAAGAGCUUGCUAUGGAUGUUUAUGAUGAAGUGGACAGAAGAGAAACAGAUGCAGUGUGGUUGGCCACUCAGAACCACAGCACACUUGUUACAGACACCACAGUUGUGCCUUUCCUGCCGGUCAAUCCAGAGUACUCGUCCACUAGAAACCAGGGUCGUCAGAAAUUGGCACGGUUUAGUGCUCAUGAAUUUGCCACCCUUGUUAUUGAUAUUCUAACUGAUGCAAAGCGACGGCAGUGGGGUAAUUCCUGUGAAAGCCCCAAAGAUAAUGUGGAGCUGAUCCUUCAGGGAAUAAACAGCCGCCAUAACAGCGAGAGCCAGGACAAUGACCAGCCAGAUUAUGACAGUGUGGCAUCAGAUGAGGAUCCAGUGCAGGAGGCCACAUGUGGGGACAGCUGCAAUGAUAGAAGGACCAAGAGCUCAGAGUCAUCUGACCUCUCUGAUGGACCAAUCACUGUGCAGGAAUUCAUGGAGGUAAAGACUGCCCUCACUGCGUCAGAAGCCAAAAUACAACAACUUCUGAAAGUCAACUGUCAUCUGAGUGAAGAGCUGCGGAUGAUGCAGGGCAAGCUGAGCUCCCUGCAGACUGAAAACACAACACUGCGAUGGCAGGCCCCCAGCGGACAGCAACACUCCCAGGGGCCAUGUGGUCGACACCCACCCCGCGGAGGUCGCGCUAUGUCUAUGUAUGAGACGGGCUCUACUCCGAGGCAGUACCCCCACAGAGUGGAAACAGCCCGGCACGAGGACGGAGUCAUUUUACAACCUUUCCCGACUAAUGGCUGUAGUCUGGAGGGACAGAAUCUUAUGCUGGAGAACGAUUAUGACACUACGCCCAACCACUCUGAAGUGGAGGAGGCUGGUAGCCCUCUGCCGGCGUCUGACACAGGAGAGCCAGUCGAGGAGUGUGAGGAAGAUCCCACCCUGCCAUGCACGGAGGAUGUCAUCUGCAAGACGGAGCAGAUCACCAAGAACAUACAAGAGCUCCUGAGAGCCGCCCAGGAGACCAAGCAUGAAAGCUUCCUUCCUUGUUCAGAAAAGAUCUGUGUGGCUGUGACUGAGAUGGCUGCUCUGUUUCCCAAGAGGCCGUCCUCCGAGACGGUGCGAGGAUCUCUGUGUCUGCUCACGUCGAGCGCCAGCCGGCUUCACGGAGAGUGCCAGAAGGCGGCGGAUCACAGCCCCUGCCCUGCGGACAUCCAGCUGGUCACUCAGCAGGUCAUCCAGUGCGCCUAUGACAUUGCCAAAGCUGCCAAGCAACUUGUCACUGUGACAACCAAAGAAAACAACAACUAACUAAAACCCAAAGACAUUUCUUGAAACACCCAAAAUACAGUUUAUUGAUGAUGUUGCUAAUUUCAACGUAAUCAGUGUUAACACCAUUUUUCCCUUUUAUUAACCACUUAAAGCAUUCACAUACAUUCCUAGAGUUGAAAUAAUACUUUAAAGUUAGAUGCACCGUGCAAAGUAAGGGAUCAAUCUAAACAUGUAUUUAUUUUGUUUUUUGUAUCAAACUAAUAGGUAGUAAAACACCUUUAAACGUGUAGUAUCGAAUCUUUUACUAUACUUUACCUCGCUGAGAGAAAACACUUUAAUCCACAAAAUUUCCACAAGUGCAAUGUUGUGUGUGUUCAAAAACCAAUAGAAUAAGCAGUUGAACCUGUACUUUACCCAGAAGAAGUCAGAUCAGUAUACAGUAGAUGAACCUUACUCUACACCAGUGACAUUAGUUGUUUCCCUUUAGCCAUUCUCAUUGUUUUUAUCAUGAAAUGACAGUAUUUUAAUCUUAACUCAUUGUGAUACCACUUGCUUAGAGUUCAGAUGUUUGUUUAGUAAGCAAACUGUGAUUGAAAAAAAAAAUGCUACAGAGCAUUGAGCACCGUGUCAGGCCAGCAGAUCCCAGAGUGUGCAAACUUUUAUUCCAUCCAGCAGGUGAUUUCACAUUUCAGUCCCUCCGCUCUGUUUUGAGAUGUGUUUAUAGGUUAAGUUUCAGUAGUUUUGGAGUUCUAAUGUUACAGCCAUACUUCUGAUGUGUGUGCGUCCAGGUGUGCUUGCAAGUGUGCGUGUGUGAGCUAUACUGUCAGAGGUGGGUUCAAGACCCUGUGACACCCAUUUUGAAUCAAUUCUAAUAGCAUUAUGCAAAUAUAUAAAAUGUACUGUAUGUAUCCAUGUAAUUCUUUAUCAGAAUAACCCAAAUGCUAUUCUAUUUAUAAACUUGUAUGUCAUACCUCUAAAAAAUAUCUGUUUAUUUUCAUAAGCUUUUCUUUAACAUGUUGCUCCUCACAGACUAACUUUGUGUUCUGAGGUUUGGGACUUCUCAGCUGGCAGUAAGUUAAAGGCAACUUGUGAUCUCUGGUUAUUUGGUGUGGUACUGUAACUCCAGUGUUUUAGAUGCUAUAUGUGGUCACAUACGUACAGCUAUGGUUUACAAUCAUUGAUAAAGUCAGUAUCCUCUAGGAGUUAGAGUACCUGUUGUAAAUUUGGGUCAUAUGUGUCACUCAAUGUGAGCCAGAAAAGUUUAAACCAGGGGUGGAAAGACAACAAGCAAAUCUUGCACAUGUUGACAACUUUUGAUUCAACAUCACAACAGUAGACUGUAUUCAACUACAAAUACAAAGUAUUUCUUUUGAAUAUGGUGAUAAAUUGUUACCUCUGAUCAACCUGAAAGAAUGCAGCUGUGACCAUUUCAAUGUGAAUAUUUUAGCCUCAUCCUGCAAGAGUAAAGUCUGUAAGUCAUUUUAAAGGUGGGAAAGUAUUUUUAAUCUAAGGAAAGUCUAUGAUGGUGGUUUAAGAGGGAGAAGAGAUGCAAAGCAAGUGUUAGCACAGGUUUCCAUGGAUGAGUUUUAGAAUAUCCUCAAAUCAUCUUCAGUGCCAAUUAAUCCACUAUUUAUGUGUUCUGUUUUUAAACAUGCUUGAUUUUUUUUAAACCAAGGUUCACCUACCAGUAUUUUGGUGGUCCUACAGAUACAUUUCAUAUUCAUUUGUUCUUCAUGUUUUUUAAUUAAAUUUUGUUAAAAUAUUUUGUUUGUCUUAUUUUGUAUGGUUUUUGCUUUUAUUUUAAGAAAAAAACGGUAUGAUCACUAGCUUAACAGAAGCUAGUAUAACCAUUAUCUUUGAUAAGUUAGACCAAGUAGAGGUAUUUUGGGAAACCCCAUAGGCUAGGUGUAAUCAUAGGCUGUAUAAAAUAUGGACGUUGUAUCCGUGAUGUCACCCAUCUGUUUCUGAAGCGCUGUUUUGAGGCCAAUUGUCGACAGCAGCCAUAUUGCUGCUGUCGAGCGAUUGUGACGUAAAGAGGCGGGCUUUGAGCCUCCUAGCCAACAGCUGCAGUGUUCCUGCCUGUCAAUCAAGUCAGCUGUGCCUCUCAUUGGAAGACUCUUAAUCUCAAUAUCUUUGAAUUUGCCACGUUAGAAAUAAAUUCACGCCCCCAUACAGUGUGUGCCAAUCAAGAAAUGAGAUAUCCAGACUACACUCGUCUUUUGUACCAGGCUGUAAACAUGUUUAUUUAAAAAAAGAUCGUCUUUUUUGAAUUGGUGUGUAUGUGGUUUCUGGUACUUCCGGAGCCAGCCUCAAGUGGAUCCUCGAUGAACUGCGGUUUUUAGCACUUCCGCAUUGAACUCAUAUUCUUAGACCAGAGGUUGCCGCUUGGGUGUAAAUUAAGAAAGCAAUGAUGUCAUGUAUUACCUGAUUGGUCAAUUUUGUUUUUCAAGGUGGUAAUGUGUUAUUGCUUCAAAAGUUACUUAGCCUGGCUUUAAAUUUUUAUUUCACAGAGCCGAAUAAGCAUUGACUCAAACUUAACACAUAAAAAACUUUGAAAACUAUAACAAAAUAAAGUACAAACAGGUUCAAAGAGUAUUAGCACCGUUUCAAUGAGAAGUCAGUGAGUAGUUCCUCUCCACCCCUGGUUUAACACUGAAAUUUAAUCCCUUGUAACUUUAAGCUGCCUCUGUGGUUGAAACAAUCCCUGCCUUAGGUAUAAUAAAGUAUUAUCCAUACCUCAA